AUGGCACAAAGUGUCGGCUCUUACACCAACCCACUGAAGAAGUUCAAGCUGGUCUUCUUGGGCGAACAAUCAGUCGGCAAGACCUCCCUCAUUACGCGAUUCAUGUACGACUCCUUCGACAGCACCUACCAAGCCACCAUCGGCAUCGACUUCCUCUCCAAAACCAUGUACCUCGAAGACCGUACCGUCCGUCUGCAACUCUGGGACACCGCCGGACAGGAACGCUUCCGAUCUCUCAUCCCCUCCUACAUCCGCGACAGCUCCGUGGCGGUCGUGGUCUACGACAUCAGCAGCAAGAAGUCCUUUGAACAGACACGGAAAUGGGUGGAUGAUGUGAGGAGCGAGAGAGGGAACGAUGUCAUCAUUGUGCUCGUGGGCAACAAGACGGAUUUGGGGGAAAGAAGAGAGGUGACGGCGGAGCAGGGUGAGGAGGAGGCGAAGAAGAACAAUCUCAUGUUCGUGGAGACCAGCGCCAAGGUCGGACACAACGUCAAGGCAUUGUUUAAGAGGAUCGCGCAGGCCUUGCCGGGUAUGGAAGGUGAAGGCGCGGCGGGGGCAACCGGUGCUGCGAAUACAAUCGACGUCAAUAUUAACGCGGAGAAGCCGGAGAACGAGGGCGGGUGUAAUUGCUGA